CAACGAAGGAACCAAACCGAUCACGUUGCCCCGCGGCUCAGCCUACUAGCCCCCACGACUCCCUUCCUCCCCUCGACCACUCCCGUGGACUCCCUCCUCCUGCCGUGUCCUCCUCCGAUCCCCCGCGCGGCGGUCUCCGGAAGCCGAGGAACACAGCAGCCGCCGGCAGUCAUAUACGCCGCCGUCACCAAGAUGAACGACGCCGAUGUAUCCAAGCAGAUCCUGCAGAUGGUGCGGUUCAUCCGCCAGGAGGCCGAGGAGAAGGCCGGCGAGAUCUCCGUCUCUGCCGAGGAGGAGUUCAACAUUGAGAAGUUGCAACUUGUUGAAGCCGAGAAAAAGAAGAUCAGGCAAGAAUAUGAGCGGAAAGAGAAGCAGGUUGAUGUCCGGAAGAAAAUUGAAUACUCUAUGCAGCUGAAUGCUUCUCGCAUCAAAGUGCUUCAGGCCCAGGAUGACUUAGUUAAUAAGAUGAAAGAGGAUGCAAUGAAGGAGCUCCUGAAUGUCAGCAGCAACCACCAUGAAUACAAGCACCUGCUAAAAGAACUCGUUGUUCAGGGUUUGCUUCGGUUGAAAGAGCCAGCUGUACUGCUCCGCUGCCGCAAAGAAGACCACCAUCAUGUAGAAUCAGUACUGCAUUCAGCAAAGAAUGAGUAUGCAGCAAAAGCAAAUGUCCACGAGCCAGAGAUACUAGUUGACCACAGUGUCUACCUGCCACCUUCUCCGAGCCGUCAGGAUACACAUGGCCAGUUUUGCCAUGGAGGUGUUGUGCUAGCUUCUCGAGAUGGGAAGAUUGUGUUUGAGAAUACAGUUGAUGCAAGGCUGGAAGUUGUUUUCCGCAAGAAAUUGCCUGAGAUCCGGAAGCUUCUCGUGGCAGCCUAGUCUGCACUUCAAUUUCGGUGAUGGUACAGCUGCUUCUAUGUAAUGGCUGCCGGUUUGACCCUGCAGCUGUAAAGAACUCCUGUUUUUGCAAGACAUCGAUUGUUCAAAGUAUUCAUCCACUAUGUAAGACUAUAUUUGUUCAUUAUUAUCGCCGAGCACAAACUAUCUGCACGCAGUUUGCUCUGAGGAAUAAGAAAUAAAGUACCGUCAGACUUCCGUAGCUAAGCUAGACAUUGUGGCGACGGUUAAUUUGAUGAACUCUCCGGCUUGUGUACAGGUCUUAUCAGUGUGAAUUGUUUGAUUCA